AAUAAAUCAUAAACAUAACCUAACUUUUAAGAGUUUACUUGUCACUUUUAAUCAGAUACAAUUUCCUAGAACUAUUUCACUUUAACGCGAUGUCUAAAAGGAAAUUCGACGCAUCGGAGCCGUUCGAGACGGUAAACGUUGCUAGAAAAUACCAAAAACGCCCCGUUUAUGGAAAAAAACACACCCUUGACUCCGACGAGGAAGAUUUUCAAGAUGAUGAUAACGUUCUUGAUGAAAACGAAAUUGAAGGUGAAGAAGAUGGAACAAUAACAGAAGAUGGUGAACAACGAAUGACAGCUUUUAACAUGCAAGAAGAGAUGGAAUUGGGCCAUUUCGACAAAGACGGUCACUUCAUUUGGAAAAAUGAGAAAGAAGUUCGUGAUAAUUGGUUGGACAACAUCGAUUGGCAACAAAUUAAACGAAACGCCAACAUUGAAUCAUCAGAACCGAAAGGAUUAGGGGAAGAAAGUGACUCUGAGAAUGAAGAGAACGAACAUUUUGAUGAAAUCAAAACAUACAAGUUAAUUCUAACAUAUUUAAAACCCACAGAAACUAUUUCAAAAGCUUUAAGGAGACUUGGAGGCCCAACAGAAAAAUUAAGCAGCAUUGAACGAUUAAAACGUAAAAAAGCUGGGACUUUAAACACAAACAAAGAAGUAACCGAGUUAACUGAAUUAUCAAAUAAAAUAUUAAAUAACUUGGGAAAUAUGGACGUUUAUCAAGAAACUUAUGAGUUUAUUUCGGGGAAAAUUCAAAAAUAUGAGAAAAAGAAUAAAUCGAAGAAGAAUGAACCUGAAUUGGAUAUGUAUUCGGAUAAUUUUGAUGAUAAAGAGAAAGAAAAAUUGGGGUUGGAUGAACAGAAAGUUGAUGAUGAGGAAGAAAAUGUGCAAAAAGUUUUAAUGUGGGAGUUAAAACGCGAUCAAAAUAAGGAGGAAAUUGAAGGCCCAUUUACUAGUGAACAAAUGUUGAAAUGGAGCGAGGAUGGAAGCUUUAAAACGGGGGUUUUUGUAAGAAAAUGUGGUGAAAGUGGAAACUUUUAUUCUUCAAAUAGAAUUGAUUUUGAUUUGUACAUAUAAAUUUAAUAAAUUAAUACUGUUGAAA